AUGGAGAUGACCCAUUUCAGUUUCAGACUCCACAACUUCAUCCCCUUCUCUCAUCUCCUUCUAUUUCUUUAUACCUUUGCUCAUUCCAAAUCAUCUCUUCUCGGUGUCCACCCUUUAGAUGAGAAGUACUUUGCUUCAAGGGUUAUCCAGUGCAAGGACGGCUCAAAAUCCUUCACUAGAGAUUGUUUCAAUGAUAAUUUCUGUGAUUGUGUUGAUGGGACGGAUGAACCCGGAACUUCAGCCUGUCCCAGAGGCAAAUUUUAUUGCAGGAAUUUAGGAAGUAAACCUCAGUUUAUUUUUUCAUCUCGUGUUAAUGAUCAAAUUUGUGAUUGCUGUGAUGGAAGUGAUGAGUAUGAUAGUAGUGUCAACUGCCCGAACACGUGUGUCAUGGGUGGUGACCUGAAUUACAGGAUUGGAAGUCGUAUCUCAUCUAUUGAUGUAAAUGAAUCAAAAGAGACAGUUCUUCGGGAGGAUCUGUAUAAGGCUACAGCGUUGCAGAUGGUAAUAAUCCUGCAGGUGGUUCUCCUUGGUUGCGUGCUGAUAUAUCGAUUAUUUCACGGGCGUGCCAAAUUAAAAAGAAGGCAUUAUCAAUGAAGAACCCGGUUGAUG